UAAAGAGAAGCGGCUCGAUAAACACGGACUCCAUUAAUAUUAUAUUAACUCAUCACCUUCUCUCUCACUCUUUAUAUUUAAACCUCUUCUCUCUCUCUAUCCUCAUUAUAUUUCUCAACGACAAAGAUAGAGAGAAAGAAAAACAAGACACAGAUCAAUCUUUGAACUCGAAUUUUCUGUUAGACUAAACCAUGUCUUGUUCCGUCGCUGUCUGCAGCUCUCCGGUGUUCUCCCCGUCGUCUUCUCUCUUCUGCAACAAAGCUUCUAUACUCUCUUCGCCUCAAGAAACCAUCUCUCUCACUCUCUCUCAUCUCAAACCCUCCGCUUCCUCUCCCUCCUCUCCUUCCGCCGCCGCCGCCGCUUCCCCUAAAUCUCCGUUCCGUCUCCGUUUCCAGAAACCGCCGACCGGAUUCGCUCCUGCGCCGUUAGUGCUAGGAGGAUCCGACUCUAUCUCCGCCGCCUCCUGCACUGGUCCUUCCGCCUUGAAGAGGAAACGGCCGACGAGGCUUGAUAUACCGAUUGGCACCGCCGGUUUCGCAUCUCCGGCGUCGGAGGAGAGUAGACAGGUGGAGAGGGAAGGCGAUGGUUACUCUGUUUACUGCAAAAGAGGAAGGAGAGAAGCUAUGGAGGAUCGCUUCUCCGCGUUAACCAAUCUUCGAGGAGAUCGCAAGCAGGCGAUGUUCGGAGUUUACGAUGGUCACGGAGGAGUGAAGGCGGCUGAGUUUGCGGCCAAGAACUUAGAUAAGAACGUUUUGGAAGAGGUGAGUGGUAAGUGCGACGAGUCUGAGAUAGCAGACGCGGUGAAACGCGGUUAUUUAACCACAGACGCUGCGUUUCUUGAAGAGAAAGACGUUAGAGGCGGUUCCUGCUGCGUCACGGCUUUGGUCAGAGACAGGAACCUCGUUGUGUCCAACGCCGGUGAUUGCCGCGCCGUCAUGAGCGUAGGUGGCGUCGCGGAGGCUCUCUCUUCCGACCACAGGCCGUCUAGAGACGAUGAACGGGAAAGAAUUGAAACCACGGGUGGAUAUGUGGAUACGUUUAACGGUGUUUGGAGGAUUCAAGGUUCUUUAGCUGUAUCAAGAGGGAUCGGCGAUGCUCAUCUCAAGAGAUGGGUUAUAGCCGAACCAGAGACUAAGAUGUUGAGAAUUGAUCAGGACCACGAGUUCUUGAUCUUGGCAUCGGACGGUCUAUGGGACAAAGUGAGUAACCAAGAAGCAGUAGACAUUGCUCGUCCCUUCUGUGUAGGAACCGAGAUGAAGCCGUUGUUGUUAGCAUGUAAGAAGCUGGUCGAACUAUCGGCUUCACGAGGCUCAUCGGAUGAUAUUAGUGUGAUGUUGAUCCCUUUGCGUCAGUUUAUCUAGAAAAAGAGGGAGAGACGGUUUACUUUGGUUUAGCUUUAUUUAGAACAAUAAUUCAUUUAUUUAUUCUUUCUAACGUAGUUAUGAUCUCAAUGUGGCCGAUGUACUUGUAUGAAUCGAGCAUUGAUCGGAUUUAAUCUAAUUAUCAGUUCGUUAUUA